AUGGCAUAUCCCUUUCAACUAGGAUUCCAAGACGCAACAUCUCCCAUUAUAGAGGAAUUACUAAGCUUUCAUGAUCACGCCUUAAUAAUCGUUUUCUUAAUUAGCUCUCUUGUAUUAUACAUCAUCUCAUUAAUACUUACAACUAACUUAACUCACACUAGUACUAUAGAUGCCCAAGAAGUAGAGACAAUUUGAACUAUUUUACCAGCUAUUAUUUUAAUUAUAAUCGCACUACCCUCACUACGAAUUCUUUAUAUAAUAGACGAAAUUAACAAUCCUUCUUUGACUAUUAAAACUCUAGGCCAUCAAUGAUACUGAAGCUAUGAAUACACAGACUACGAAGACUUAAUAUUUGAUUCCUAUAUAGUACCCACUUCAGAAUUAAGUCCAGGCCAACUUCGCCUAUUGGAAGUUGAUAAUCGAGUGGUAUUACCUGCUGAACUAACAAUUCGAAUACUAAUCUCAUCAGAAGACGUACUGCACUCUUGGGCUGUCCCCUCUUUAGGAUUAAAAACUGACGCAAUCCCUGGUCGUUUAAAUCAAACAACACUACUUGCUACUCGACCAGGCUUAUAUUACGGCCAAUGCUCUGAAAUUUGUGGAUCUAAUCAUAGUUUCAUGCCUAUUGUACUUGAAAUAAUUCCUUUAAAACAUUUUGAAAAAUGAUCAUCAUCAAUGCUAUAA